AUGGCUACUCUUAUUGCUCCUAGCAACAACCAUUCCCCUGUUGAGGAUGCACAAGCUCUUCAUAAAGCUUUCAAAGGAUGGGGUGCUGAUAACAAGGCCAUUAUAGCAAUUUUGGGUCAUAGAAAUGUUCAUCAGAGGCAACAAAUUAGAAAGGCUUACGAGGAGCUUUUCGAGGAGGAUCUCAUCAAACGUCUCGAGUCAGAGAUCUCGGGUGAUUUUGAGAGAGCUGUGUACCGCUGGCUUCUGGAACCUGCAGACCGAGAUGCUGUUUUGAUGAAUGUAGCAAUCAAGCAUGGCAGCAAAGACUAUCACGUCGUUGCUGAAAUUGCUUCUGUGCUAUCAGCCGAAGAGCUUUUGGCAGUGAGGCGCGCCUAUCGUAACCGCUACAAGCGUUCCAUUGAAGAAGACGUGUCUGCUAACACCACCGGUCAUCUUCGUCAGCUUUUGGUUGGAUUGGUGAGCUCAUUCAGGUAUGAAGGAGACGAAAUCAAUCCGAAAUUAGCGCAAACCGAAGCUCAUAUCAUUCACGAAAGUCUCAAAGAAAAGAAAGGAAACAAUGAAGAAGAAGUCAUUAGAAUUCUCACUACAAGAAGCAAGACUCAACUUGUGGCAACUUUCAACCGCUAUAGAGACGAACAUGGCGUCUCUGUCAGUAAGAAAUUGUUGGAUCAAACAUCUGAUGAUUUCCACAAGGCAUUGCACGUGGCUAUUCGUUCGAUCAACGAUCACAAAAAGUACUACGAGAAGGUUUUGCGCAAUGCGAUCAGAAAGCUUGGAACGGACGAGGAUGCACUAAGCCGCGUGAUUGUCACGAGGGCGGAGAAGGAUUUGAAGGACAUCAAGGAGGUAUACUACAAGAGAAACAGUGUUCAUCUUGAAGAUGCAGUGUCCAAAGACACCUCAGGAGAUUACAAGAAGUUCAUUCUUGCUCUUUUGGGGAAGCAAGAGUAA